AUGAAUUUCAACGAUGACGCGCGGCAGCCAUUGCAAAACGGUCAAGAGCAGCAGCAACGGGUCAACAACCCGAUCAAGCCGAGUGUUGGCUGGCUUCAGGAGCUGUUUAGGAGACAGCAGGAAAUGAUCGUGCAACAGCAGCAAGCGUUCAUGGUGCAGCAAGAAAAGCUGAUAAGCAACGUUCUUGCGGCCGUUACAACCCAGGAGAAACCCGUGAGUGCGGAGCAAAUCGUCGAUCUACUAGCCGGAAACAUCAAAGAGUUUUGCUACGAUCCCGAAACGAAGGUUACGUUCGCCGGAUGGUACGCGAGGUACGAGCCGCUCUUUGAAAAGGAUGCAGAAAAGCUCGACGACGAUGCGAAAGUUCGGUUACUCCUACGAAAGCUUGGGCUGGCCGAGCAUGAGAGAUACUGCAGCUACAUCAUGCCUAGGAAAGUGAAUGAUUUCAAUUUCGAGACCACAGUGAGGAGUAUGAAGGUGCUGUUUGGCUCCCAAGAGUCAAAAGUGAGUCAACGUUUUAAGUGCUUGCAGCUUAGUAAGGACGCUACGGAGGAUUAUGUUAUGUUUGCGUGUCGUGUGAACAAAUCCACUGUUGAAGCAGAGCUAGCAGGACUGUCUGAGGAAGCUCUUAAGUGCCUUAUAUUCGUGUGUGAAUUAAAGGACGAAAACGACUCAGACAUACGUAUGCGUUUAUUGCGUAGGAUUGAAGAACGGAAUGACGUCACGCUUGGGCAGCUCACUGAACAGUGCCAAAUGUUAACAAACCUACGUAAUGAUACUGCUGCUCUCGGGGAGCAGCAGAAGAAGAUAAACGUGAUCAAUGAGGGCACUAAAGGAAGUGUUCAUUCAAGAACUAUAAAUGUGCGCAAUGUCGGAAACUAG